AACAAUUCGAAAUCAACACGAACCAUAUUUAAACUUUCUCUUGAGAAAAUGGCAGAACCUAAAAAUCAGGAGAUAAAUGAGAUUUUGAUCGAUGAUUUUGAUGAUUCAUUGUCGGGCCUUGGAUUGGACGUCAAUUCGACAAUAUUCGAUAUGAGCCAAGCCCUUUUGACUCUUCCAAACGGUAAUAGUUUGUUUACUUAUGAGCUGUGCGCUCCCAUUUCGGCGGCUACGAAAUUGGAAGAUGAGACAUUGACGUAUCUUAACCAAUCGCAACCCUACGAAUUAAGAUUACAAAGAAGCGGAGAAGACUUGAAGAUUUUAGAAAGUCAAAUCAUUUUAACUUUUCAUGAUAAGAGAUUUCAGCAUCACGAAAAGGAAUUAAUAGAAUCGUGGCAAAAUCAUCAUCCCGGUGAAAGACUAUUGGAUCUGGAGACAUCUCUUUCAUUUGGUUUCUUUGAUGUUACGUUUCCAAGCGUCAAUUCAAUAAAAUUCUUAUGGAAAGAUGUCGAAGCAUCUAUCUUCUUUAUUAUCCAGUGUACCAGUUCGGAGUUUAGUCCGAGAAAGCAGGGUGGAGAAAAAGGAGUACCAUUUCGAAUUCAAGUGGAAACUUAUCAAGAUGGUCGAAUCAUACACGCAGCUUGUUGUCAAGUAAAGACGUUCAAGUCAAAGGGAGCUGAUCGAAAACAAAGAACAGAUAGAGAAAAGAUAGAGAAAAAGUUCAGAAAUGAAAGAAUUGCUUUUAGACCUGAAACGUCUACAACAAUCCUUAUGGAUUUGGAAUUAAAAUCGACAAAAGAGCUUAAUUAUUCAAACGAUAUGGAAUAUAGGUUAAUUAAACAAAAUCGUAAAAUUAAUCAACUGACGAAAUUGCAUGAGUCGUCAACAACAAACCAAGUUUGUCAAUGGCUAAAAGAAAAUCGGUUUGAACAAUUCAUCAACACAUUUCGUGACUUUUCUGGUAUCGAUAUUCUGCGUCUAAGCAGAGAGGAUUUUAUUCAAAUAUGCGGUUUAAUUGAUGGAAUUCGACUUGAAAAUGCUCUUCAUUCCAAGAAAGUUAAAGCUAAAUUAAGCCUAUAUCUCUGCCAAGAAUCACCUUCAAUGGCAUCUAGAAGAAGGAAAAAGAGUAGGGAAGAAAUUCUAUCAAGUUCACCUAAACCUACACACUGCAAAAGAACAAUGAAGGAAGUCUCCAGCGACGAGGACGAAAGCUAUUAUGAUAAGCACAAGAAAAAAUGGAUAGAAAUGCUUGAAAAAAAAGUCUUUCAUGGAAUAUUGCUCUAUGAUUUUUCAUUAUCUUCUCUCAUGAAGAAUAUAAGUCCCCUCUACGGGUUAGAUUGUGAUAAAAUGAGUGACGCUUUCUUGGUUACGAAAGAGGAUUAUUGUGUUCUUUUAACAGAUCAGUUAAUUGAGGGAAUUAAUGAAAGUCAUUUUGCCACUGCUGUUGAGCAAACUGAGCAUUCUGUUGAAAAUAAAAACUUGUUUGGAAUAAAAUCUACGAUGUCGAAUGGUCAUCUCUUAACAGAAGCUCCUGUAGCGGUUGAUUUUUGGACGAAUAAAAAUAACUGCUUACAAGGUCGAUUAUUAUUUUUAAGCCAUUGUCACUCAGAUCAUACAAAAGGCCUCAAUAAAAAGUGGAAUCAAGUUUUCUAUGCAUCAGAAAUCAGCGCAGCAAUUGCAAAAAACGUUUUGGGGGUGAAUGAAAAAUAUAUAAGAAUAUUAAGUGUCAACGUAAAACAUAAGCUAGAGACAUCUACAGGAAAGGUUGUAAACGUUAGACUAAUUGAUGCCGAACAUUGCCCAGGAGCUGUAAUGUUUCUUUUUGAAGGUGACUUUGGUUCUAUUCUUUAUACCGGAGACUUUCGUUUUGAGAGGUGUUUUAAAAGUAUUUCGUGCUUGCCGAAAGAAGUUGAUGUGUUAUACCUAGAUAAUACUUAUUGUUCAGAAAAAUAUCGAACAUUUCCGUCCAGAAUCGAUGCUUUAGAGAAGAUUAUUGAACUUUGCCUAGUAAAGAAUAAAAUUAGAAUAAUCACACCUAAAAUAGGAAAAGAAAACAUUCUAAUAACUGUUGCUGCUGCAAAUAAUACUAAAGUUGUUGUUGAUCAUUCUCAUAUGAAUAUUAUACAGCAGCUGGAGGAUGUUGAUAUUUCCAUGUUUACAACAGAUAGAGAUGGUGGUAAAAUAAUAGCUUUACCUUACAAACUUAAAAAUAAAGCCUGUGAUGAGACUGAGCAUUUUACUCUAUUACCUUCCGGUCAAGCCGAGCCCAAAGUGCGUGAGCAUUGUGCUAUCAUUCCCUAUUCUGACCAUAGUUCUCUGGAAGAACUAGAAGCAUUUGUGAAACUAGUGAAACCUACAAUAAUUAAACCUAUAGUUAAACUUGAUAAUACCGAUUUCUCUAUAUUUAAGAAAUAUAUGCGAAGUAAGCAAAAAAUAGUCUAUGAUUUUCACGACAUUGGUGACAAUGACAAUAAUGACGAAGAUAAUGACUAUGUCGAGAAGGAAAAAUGUAAUUAUAAUAAGAGAAAUAUUAUGGAGACAGACAAGGGGGUGGAAGAAGAGGAGAAUGAGGACGAAAAUGCUGAUGAGAAGUGUGAAGGAGGUGGCGAGGAGGAAGAAGAUGACGAUGAUGAGACGGAUGAUGAUAAGAUAAUAGAGGAAGAGCAUGAAAAAGAUGAUGAAAAUAUGACAGAAGAGAAUAUGGUUAAUUUUAAUCAAAACUGUUGCCUAUUCAAGUUCAAAGAUGACAAUGAUAGGAAGAGAUUCGUUCAAGAAUAUGUCGAUAAACUAUUAAACUCUUAA